GUAACAAGCUGAGGCGUAGUCAAGCCACAACUACCCCAUGGCUGCUCGGUGCUUUCUUGCUGCUGUGGUCGUUGCGCUAGUGGGAGUUUCCUCUGCGCAAUUUGGAAUAGGGGGUCCAAUUCCCAUUUUCGUCCGAGGUCCUAGUGGUCAGGUGAUUCUGCUGGGUUAUGUGAACUCUAACCGACAGAACCAGGGGUUCGGAGCCCAGGGCGCGUUCGGUUCUGGACAGGGUCUUCUAAGCGGGCAGCAGGGUUUUGCCAACAACCAAAGAUUCCAGGGUUUUGGGGGUCUUGGAAAUUACGCAAAUGCUGCAUCCUCGGGUUUUGGGGGUUUUGGCCAGAACGCAGGAGGAUUCGGACAACAAAGCAACAACGGAUACCAGAACUUCAACGCAGUCAGCAAGACUUUUAACUCAGUGAGUGCUAACGGAGGGGUAUCCAGCGACGCGGGCAUUGGUAUUAAAUCCGGUCUGUACAAUAACGCCGGGUUCGGCACACAGAGAGGAAAUGGCUUGUAUAAUCGGUUUGGUGGAGGUUCGGCUGGUCAAGCUGGCGGGCAAGUUAGGCGGGUGGCCGGAGGUGGACAAAACACUGGAUUUCAGACCAGUGCUGGACAAGCUGCAGGGCUUGGUAACAACGCUGCGCUGCAGAGAGGAGUUGCAUUUAACGGCGGAGCCGCUCAGGGCUUUGUUGGGUAGUGAGUGAUGGUAUAUAGAAGACGAAGCACUCUCCAGGAGGCCAUUACUAGAAGUCCAACUGUGCAUCGACUCCCGCGUGACAAUCUCGAC